AAGGCCCGCCUGCCGUGUAGUCGCUGCCACUGCUGCCGCUGCCGUCGUUGUUGUUGUGGUUGGUGCGCUGAGCUCCGCGGCUCCGAGAGCCGGCUGCAUCCCUUCCCCGCCGUCGCCAUGAAGUGGAUGUUCAAGGAGGACCACUCGCUGGAACACAGAUGUGUGGAAUCUGCGAAGAUCCGAGCGAAAUAUCCCGACCGGGUUCCGGUGAUUGUGGAAAAAGUCUCAGGCUCUCAGAUUGUUGACAUUGACAAACGGAAGUAUCUGGUUCCAUCUGACAUCACUGUGGCUCAGUUCAUGUGGAUCAUCAGGAAAAGGAUUCAGCUUCCUUCUGAAAAGGCAAUCUUCCUGUUUGUGGAUAAGACAGUCCCACAGUCCAGCCUAACUAUGGGACAGCUUUACGAGAAGGAAAAAGAUGAAGAUGGAUUCUUGUAUGUGGCCUACAGUGGAGAGAACACUUUUGGCUUCUGAGGGCCAAUGCUGGGCUAGGUGCACUGUUCCUGCUUGUGUAUCUUGUAAAUAGUCGGCUGUUUUCAGUUACCAGACCUCUUCACAUAGACCUAUUAGUGCAUUUGUAACUGGAUUUAUUUCUUAAUAUAUUGGAAGGUUUUGUUUCCUUAGACUAGUAAAUUAUCAUACAGAGUUUUAUUUUGAGUUUUCCUUCUUGUGCACUGUCCUCACGGCUCUACUCCAGGGAACUUGUUCCUUUGGGGAUCAUAUUUAAUGAAGAUAUUUCCAUAUUAAAAUGAGGUAGGUGGGGUAUUAAAGUGAAAGGGAGGGAGAUGAUGCAUUUCUUUUGGAUUAUGUUUGAAGUGUUAAAGAUGGCUAAGUAUUAAAAGCACCCAAAUUAAAUCCUUAGCAAUCAAAACAGUUGCUUCACUAGAUUUUGCCAACUGCCAAUCAUGUUGGACUGAGCUAAUCUGUUCCUCUUUCUGAAAAUAUUAAGGUAAAUAAUUAACAAUAAAACUUCCUCUUAUAAAGGCA